UCGUCUUCACUGCACUGUACUGGUUCAGUCGUGUCGUGGCAGUAAUAGCAGCAUCACACGAAUCCCAUCAAAUUUUCAGACACGUUUUUAUUUCCCUUUUUUGUUUUGUUUCACACACCCGCGCUCGCUUCGCCUAUCGUACACAUUAAAUAAGUGUCGGUAUUGUGAUCAAAUAGACUUAUCAUCGUUUGUUGAAUUUGAACGUGCAUCGUGUACUUUCACUUGAAUACUCUGUUCUUGUCGUGUUCAAAUUCUCUUUUUCCGAUUUUCCAAUAUAUCGAGGACAUGUGUGAAAUAUAAUAACAUUCGUGAUUUAUCCAGUGACAUUUGCAAACCGGAAUUUUCAUCUCCGAUGGGAUUUUAAUUGAAAAGCAGAGAAACGAAAAUAUGAAUAUUUGCCGAGAUCAGUUGAAUUUUAUGAAAACUUCAAUCACGAAAUAAAAACAAACACUUGUGUAUUGAUUUUUGUUGUGUAUUCUGUGAACAAUUUUGUGCAAUUGAAUUAGAUAGUUUUUGUGUUCGAGUUUGUGCGAACUUUUUUUUUUUAAAGUGUUGAAAAGUAGAGGAAAUACAGAAAUCGUGAACUAUGCUACCGUAUCAAGCAGUUGCAAUGGAUUAUGGUGGUUAUCAGCGUCAAGGACCAGCCACGGGAGGUCAUAUGGGAAUGGGUGCACUUGGAAUGGGUGUUGGCGCACCGCCAUUCACACAUUCAUGGCUCGUUCCACCACAAGAUCUGUGCGGUGUUCCAUACAAGCAAAUGCCAAAUCAACAUCCACACAUGCAACCCCAACAAAUCGAACCUGGAAUUCUGGAAAUCCGUAAAGAAAAAUCACGUGAUGCAGCCCGUUCACGUCGUGGCAAAGAGAAUUUUGAAUUUUAUGAAUUGGCCAAAAUGUUGCCGUUGCCAGCAGCAAUAACCAGUCAAUUGGAUAAGGCAUCGAUCAUAAGACUGACCAUAAGCUACCUAAAACUCAGAGAUUUUUCAUCACACGGAGAUCCACAAUGGGGCCGCGAAAUCAAUAACAAACUGAAAUCUGCAUCAAGACGUACGCAUGCAGGACUAACCAUGGAUUUAUUUGAACAACAUCAAGGAACUCAUAUUUUACAGUCGCUUGAUGGAUUUGCUUUAGCGUUAGCUUCCGAUGGUCGCUUUUUAUAUAUCUCAGAAACUGUUUCAAUUUAUUUGGGACUAUCACAGGUUGAAAUGACCGGCAGCAGCAUUUUUGACUAUGUUCAUCAUCAAGAUCAUGCUGAAAUUGCUGAACAAUUGGGUUUGGGAUUGGCAAGCAACCAAAAUAUGGCAUCACCAUCGUCCGGCAUUUCGGAAGAUGGCGGAGCAAAUCAGGGAACAAACAAUCCAGAUGUUUCAUCGGUGAUGUCGGUUAGUUCAAAUACAUACAAAGGAUACGAACGUGCAUUUUGUGUGCGAAUGAAGUCAACGUUGACAAAACGAGGAUGUCAUUUCAAAUCAUCUGGCUAUCGGGUGGUAUUAAUGCUAUGUCGACUACGGCCGCAAUACACAUAUUCGCAUACGAGAAAAUCACAGCCACCACUAUUGGGUAUGGUCGCCUUGGCAAUUGCAUUGCCACCUCCAUCAGUACAUGAAAUUCGCCUGGAAACUGACAUGUUUGUCACACGCAUCAAUUUCAAUUUCACAAUUGCACAUUGUGAACCAAAGGUUACAGAGCUCUUGGACUAUACAGCCGAAGAGUUGACUGGCAGAAAUUUGUAUAAUUUAUGUCAUGCUGAAGAUGCUGAUAAAUUGAAAAAGAGUCAUUUGGAUCUUAUAAACAAAGGACAAGUAUUAACUCAUUAUUAUCGUUUUAUGAAUAAAAAUGGUGGUUAUACAUGGUUACAAACGUGUGCAACGGUUGUUUGUAAUUCAAAAAAUGCCGACGAACAGAAUAUAAUUUGUGUGAAUUAUGUGGUGAGCAAUCGUGAAAAUGAGAAUUUAAUAUUGGAUUGCAUUCAAAUGGAAAAUGGUUUGGAGCAUAUAAUAAAGCAUGAAGAUUUGUCGGGUGAUAAAGGUGCCGGUUCGCCUGGAAAUGAUCCAUCUGAUGGUAAUCAAAGUGCACAUCGUUCAAGUGAGCAUAAAACACCAAAGUCCGAAACGACCGAUACAAGUACACGGGCCAGAAAUCGUUCAUCAACAAAUUCAUCAAUAACAAAUUUAACAAUGGAUAAUACAAUUCGACCGAUAUCCGAUGAUCAUUUAAUACCAACACCGGUCAGUUCGGGUACAAGCACACGAAAAGGUCACAAACGCAAAGCAAAACAUCUUGACACCGACACCACAAUGAUGGCCGAUUCAAAAGUAAAUGGCGUUGCCUUAAAUAUAAAUCCAUCGGAUGCGGUGGUUGAUGAGCAUGGUGAAAGUUCGGUUAAAGAUUUGGAAAAUGCAAUGUCAAAACACCUUCCAUCGCCAAUUAAUAGCAAUAACAAUAAUACAAAUACUACCACAACCGAUUUUAGUGCUGAUUCACUUCUGAAACAACAACAACAAGAUAAAGGUAGCACCAUUCAAUGGAUUGGCACACAUCACAAUCCAUUCCAUCAACAAAAUGCACCAAUGCCAGCCACAGCAUUGCUACGACAAUUGUAUGCAAAUCGUGAAAGUGUCAUUCGAGCUACAGCCAGACAAUCAUCAGGCGGGUACUAUCCAGACGGAUCGUCAUCGGGCCCACUGCCAACGCCACCCGGCAGUGAAUCAUCGUUUGACAACCAAUUCUUGUUGCACGGUCAUCAAAAACCAGAUCCAUAUACAAAUUUAGUUUCACCAUACGGUAGUUAUCCAUCAACAAUGGACUAUCACAAUGCAAUGACACCGCCAAGUAGUGUAUCGCCACGUGAAUCGUCCGCCAGUUCGAUAGCAAAUAAUAAAACCCUUACAAAUCUUCAUCCAUCAACGACAAAUACAUUCGAUUUAUCCGAUUCACUGCGAAAUCAAUACACGGCCAAUGGAACGGUUGCCAGCACAACGUCAAGUCUGAAUGAUACACUCCCAUCGCUACCAUUGAAACCACAACCGUAUUCAGCGGCAGCGGCCAUGCAUCACGUUAACUCAAUCGAUGCUUAUGGUGGCAUUGAUCAAUCGCAAUAUUUUUCACAUCACAGCGGAUUUCAUUUGUAUCACCAUUCCAAAGCUGCACCCUCAACCGGAUGGUAUACGACUUCAACAUAAGCAGAAAAAUAAAAUCCAAUUUUUACAAUAUACUCAACUAGAAAUCUAAUUAAAAUGUGCACACAUCGAUGGUGGCCAAGUAGUAAAAUGAAAAGUGCGUUUUAACGGUGGAACUGAAAAAGCCUAUUGAAUGAACUUGGAAUUCGAAUGAAGCAAGAGUUCAUUUCGCAGUGAAAAAUGAACGUAAAGGAAAUAAAGUUGUAACACAUUUCAACCGUCUCCAUCGUAAAAGCGUUCGAUGCGGUGUUGUUAAGUAUGAAAGUUGAUGUACUUUAUUUUCAAUGGAUUGAACCCAACGUAUGCAAAUAGAAAAAAAAAUCCGAACAUAUCAACCAGCAUCACAUACACUAGGCACAUACAAUUUAUAGUAACCGAAAAGAAGUGGCACUACGCAUUAUCGAGAUUUUAGUUUUCAUUACAUUUAUCUUGACAGUGCUCCGUUGUAUUCAUUUUAAAUUGUUAAUUUUCUUGAUUGAAGAAAGCAUUUAAAUUAUUAUUAUUUUUUCUUUUUACUUUUUGUAUUGUGUAAGCUUGUUCUAUAAAUGUUAUUCGAAUAAGAAUGGAUGUUCAGUUUUUUUUUAAGUUGAAAAAUGACUUUUUCAAAAUUAAGAGAAAACUCUAAAUCAGCAUAUUAAUUAAUAAGAAUAAGUUGUAAGUAGUAAAAAGAAUCCAAUUUUCAUUCUAUUGCAUCAAAUGUCAACUAUUAGCAUUUAUCGUAAAACAGUGUAAUAAUCGAGAACAUAUAUGCAAACGACGAAUUGGUCGUUUUGAUUUCGUUCAAUGUGUGUAAAUAAUAAUGAAAUUUAAUCUUAUAUAUUGUUAAAUUUAGCAGAAUGAUAAACAUUUUUCCCUGACGUGUAGCUCUGUUCGAUAGUGUGGUUUGGGUUGCGAGUAUUUCCUUUUCGCAAAUCACCUAAACUCAAUUUUAUUUUGUCAUCGUUUUUUUAAAAUAUCAUUCAUAGCUUUUUGGUUAAAUGUUGAGGCAGAUCCAGUGCAAUGAAAAUACUUUUUUCUCUUUUUUUUUUUGGCUGAAAAAAGGAACAACGAAUUGUUAGAAUAAAAAUUACAUUAAAUCGCUUCGCAAUAUAUAAAAAAGAUGUAUUUAGACGUAAUGAACAUGUAAUGCUCAUUUUGUGGGUGUUUAAAACAAAACAAUCUGCAAUUUAGAUUAUUGAGACACACACACACACAUUGAUGAACUUGUAUUUGGCCAAAUGUUCAUUUGUUCCAAAAUAUGCGGUAAUAUCUUAAGUAACAUACACACAGGAGAGAAUGUUGUAAAAAAAGAGAUUGGGAAGCGCCAAAGUACAAGUUUAGUCUUUGAGACAGAAAGUACAGAAAGAAAAAUACUAGUAGAUACACCUGUAACAAUGAUAUACACUUUCAUGCAAAUUUGCUACUAAUUUAAUACUGCUGCAUUUAAUAGCUCUCUCAAUAGAACAAAUACAUACGCAAAAUAUACAACAAUUUAGCUGUAAUUAUAAAACUAACUUUAUUAACAUUAUCAUGUAUUCAUACAUAUAAAAGACAUUCUGUUGUUUUCAUACAACUCGAAAUAACACACGAAAAAUAAAAUUUAAGUUUAAAUAAUCGAA